AUGUGUGCUAAACUAUAUAUGAAUGGAGAUGGAUUUGGAAAAGGGUCGCAUUUAUCUUUGUUUUUCGUUGUGAUGAAAGGCGAUUACGAUGCUCUUCAAACCUGGCCGUUGCAAAAGAAGAUCACGAUGAUGCUGUUGGAUCAAGGCAAUGGAGAUCAUAUGAUUGAUGCGUUUAAUUCAGAUCCUCAGAGUUCUUCGUUUCAACGUCCCAAGUCUGAUAUGAAUAUCGCGUCGGGUUCCCCACUCUUUAUGCCGCUUGGUAGCUUGAAUAACCGUCAGUAUAUCAAAGAUGAUGUGAUGUUUAUUAAGAUUAUUGUCGACUGA